GCCUGCGCCGCCGCCUCGUCGCUGCUGGGGUUCCUACGCUCGGCACCCCGGCCCCGCCGCCUGCUGCUGCUGCCGCCCCUGCCCUCGUCGCCGCAGCCGCCCCGCGCCCCCCGCUGCCUCCCGGCUCCACCCGCCAUGCCCGGCCCGGCCGCCGGGAGCAGGGCCCGGGUCUACGCCGAGGUGAACAGCCUGAGGAGCCGCGAGUACUGGGACUACGAGGCGCACGUCCCGAGCUGGGGUAAUCAGGACGAUUACCAACUGGUUCGGAAACUUGGUCGGGGAAAAUAUAGUGAAGUAUUUGAGGCCAUUAACAUCACCAACAAUGAGAGAGUGGUUGUAAAAAUUCUCAAGCCAGUGAAGAAAAAGAAGAUAAAACGAGAGGUUAAGAUUCUGGAAAAUCUUCGAGGUGGAACAAAUAUCAUUAAGCUCAUUGACACUGUGAAAGACCCGGUGUCAAAGACUCCAGCUUUGGUGUUUGAAUACAUCAAUAAUACUGAUUUUAAGCAACUAUACCAGAUCCUUACAGACUUUGAUAUCCGGUUUUAUAUGUAUGAACUACUUAAGGCUCUGGAUUACUGUCAUAGCAUGGGCAUCAUGCACAGAGAUGUCAAACCACACAAUGUUAUGAUCGAUCACCAACAGAAAAAGCUUCGGCUGAUAGACUGGGGUCUGGCUGAGUUCUACCAUCCUGCUCAGGAGUAUAAUGUCCGUGUGGCUUCUAGGUACUUCAAAGGGCCAGAGCUCCUCGUGGACUACCAGAUGUAUGACUACAGUUUGGACAUGUGGAGUUUAGGCUGUAUGUUGGCCAGCAUGAUCUUCCGAAAGGAGCCCUUCUUCCAUGGCCAAGACAACUAUGACCAGCUUGUCCGGAUUGCCAAAGUACUUGGUACAGAUGAGUUAUAUGGAUAUCUCAAGAAGUACCACAUAGACCUGGACCCACACUUCAAUGAUAUCCUGGGGCAACACUCUCGAAAACGCUGGGAAAACUUCAUCCAUAGUGAGAAUAGACAUCUUGUCAGUCCCGAGGCCCUGGACCUUCUUGACAAACUUCUGCGAUAUGACCAUCAACAGAGGCUGACUGCCAAAGAGGCCAUGGAACACCCUUAUUUCUACCCUGUGGUGAAGGAGCAAUCCCAGCCAAGCUCAGAAAAUUCUGUGCUCUCCAGUGGUCUGACAGCAGCGCGAUGAAGACUGGAAAACGACGGGUAAUUCAAGAUUGAUGAUAACCAAUAAAACAUCCAACCAAAAAAAUCUUGAAGGAAAACUACAGUGUGAUAUGAGAAAUUCUGAUCGUUCCUCUAAAUGCAAAGAAGAGUUAAGAACUUUUUUUUUAAGUCUAUCCAAAAAGGAAAAAAAAAAGAAUUCCCAGUAAACAGGGAAUAGCCAACUGUCUGGCAUGCUCUAAGAUUUAGGGAAAGGCCUCUUCUUUGGAAUGAAUGGGAGAUGAGAAACUCAGAGUUGUUGUAAUGCAGUUUUCAUUUUACAGGAAACCACUGUUAAAUUGACCAGCCCAGUCAACAAACUCUGACUAUCUAACUUCCUAUCUAUUCCAUUGUGGUCCUGGUUUCCUUUGAUGAGAUCCAGGCUCAGGUUUUAGCAGAAUGUCAGCCUCCACUGACACAAAGGAGAUAGUAAAUGUGACAGUAUUCCUCCUUUUUUUUCUUUCUUUUCUUUCUUUUCUUUCCAUUUUUUUAAGCUUUUACAAAUUCAUGUUUUACACAAUUUCUUAAUGGUAUGAGCUCUCCAGGGACUGUCCUUUCUCACUGCAGUUUUCCUUUAAGUCUCCAAGAAUAUUUGAAUGAACUGAGAUCUUUGCUGCAAAACAAUCCUCUUGGGUGUCAUCUGCCAUCACUUUCAGUUUCUUGAUGUCACUGCCCAGAGCAGUAAUUCUCGUCAAAAAGUUAUACGUGUAAGUGUGUAUACCCCAGAGUCACUGCAGCUGGUGCUGGUUUGUAGGCUUAUAAGUCUAUGGAUUUUUGUUUGUUUGUUGGGGACAGGGUGGGGUGGGUUUCCUCUGGCAUAGCCUUUUUCUGUGUCCAUGGUAGGAGAAUCUUAAAGGAUUUUCUUACCCUAGAUUUUUCCAUGUAUACAUAUUGUAAUACUGAAACAUAGGCUUAUUGUUUACAACCAGCACUAUCAAAGAAAAGUCAGUGCCUCUUAAUUGGGGUAACUGGAUUAAAACUAGUGGCCGCCCCCUGGUUUAUAAAAGGAAAGAGAAAAAAGUGUGCCAUCUUAGUUCAUUCAGAAAAGACUUUGGGCAAAGUAUUGGUAGGGAACCUUUCUUCCCCCUUCCUCUUUUCCCCCUGUGAAAGAAACUACUUCACAGAAAUCAGAGGAACGUAUUCUUUCAAGUUCUGAUGUAUUAGAUACAUAAACAUACAGUAUUCUACUUGAAUGAGAUAAAUAUCAUUCGUGUGUCAAGAAUCUGGAGUAGUGUUGGAAAGGCCCUGAAAUAACCUAGGUUACCGAGAAAAGGGUUGGGGUGGGAGGGUUGGGAACUAGGACUUCUGCUAAGGAAAAAGUGGCACCGUUGGAGCAGGUGUGAACAGAUUUGAAUCCAGGAUGCUAAUCCCUGUGUGUUAGCAGAGUAAGCUAGAUUUUUGUGUGAUUCAUUUUAUGGGCAUGCCCUUGAAACUUGUCACCAGCACUGUUUAACAUGGGUUGGGCCUGGCAAUCACAGCUGCCUCUUAUAGGUCUCUGCUGGAAAAACUAUCCAGCAACUGUGGGGACUUUACACAUUUAGGCUAGAACUAGAGGUGUCUACCACCCUUUAGGAUUUCUUUAUUAACUAUUUAAUAAUGCCAUACUUUUUUAUAUAAGGUUAGAUUGUUUGUUUGAAACAUCUGUUUACAUUCCAUAUUCCAAUAAAAUCAUAUUGGUAUUGGUAGCAGGUCCUAUCUAUACAUGUAAAUUCUAUUUUGUCUUCUGGUCUGUGGGAAUUGAAAAUGCAAAAAAAAAAAACCUAAACACAAACUCCAUUCGUGUCAAAUCAGAUUUACAGACGAGGAAACAAAUUCCAAAGCCAGGAAAUGCAAGAUGAUAAGGUUCUCAUACCACCACUCUCAGGCCUACAUUGCAUAUCCUGCAGAUUGACCUAUAUGCCCAACCCUACCUGAAAAUAAAAAAUGAAAAGAUGGAACACAUCUCCACAUGUAUCAGACCAGGAAAUAGUUCCCAGGAGCCUGCUAGUGUGCCUGUCCUGGGUGCAGCUCCAGAAGCGAGGAAGGGCUACUCUAGGGGAAGUGGGUUGUUACCCCUUUCUCUUUCUGCUCCUCCUUACCCUAGAAAAAGCAUCCUUUUGGGAACUCUCCCCAUUUAGAUUGGGGGAAUUGUAGGCAAGUCCUGAAGCAGAAGCAUAUUUCCCUCCUUUUCCUUAUUUUUUCCCCAAAGGAACAGCAAUAUAUUCAGAUAAAAAUCACCCGAUUGAUCUCCCUGGACUUCCUUGCCUUGAUUCACUCCUGAGUGUCUGCAGUCCCACUUCACUGGCCUAUCCAGGAGUGUGUAUAACCUCCCAUUUGACAUAGGACUAGAUCCUCUUUAGGAAGCAUACAGUUUACUUGUAGAGAAACUUUGUCAACCAUCCAGCUCUGUAGCGUAGUUGGAGCACUUGGCCCUUCUCAGCACAUCUUAUUAAGCCUAUACUGGUUCCCAGCAGCCCUGUCUGCAUCUCUAGAGGCUUCUUUCUCUACUAGCAGGUGGUUUUUGCAGCAUAGCCAGUGUAGUCUGGAUUUUAAAAUCUUAUAUUUCUCUGCCUCAAAAUAGUUUUUGUCCGGAGUGCCUAAUUCCCCUUAGCUGUAAGAGCAUUCAUUAAUGUGGGGUCAGAUAAUUUUUUUCUGGCUAAUCAGAGAUGCCCCAAAGGGCAUUACUGGAUGUGUUGUAAUUGCCUUACUUAGAACCUUGGUGAUCUGCAAAAUAUCCUUAGGCAGUGGUGAUUCUUGGACUAGGUCACCUCCCUUGAAAUUAUAUCUGAUAAAUAGCAACAGAAGCAAAAGUGCCUUUGGUGAAGAAAGGCAGAGGGACAUGGAGAGAACGGAGUGGUGUUGCUGUUAAGCUAGUGUUUCACUGCUAUCUCAGGUAUUACCCAUGUUCCUAAGCCCAGUUGGGCAGGAUGUAAUAUAUGUUGUGGUUUAUUAGCAAUGAAUAAGCGUGAUUUCAAAGCAAUAUUUUUAUUCAAAAGUUCCUGGAGCUGCUAAGUAACAGUAAGACUUAAUGAAAUACUUGUGAUCCUUCACUUAUGGUAUACAUUAGCUUUAAUUAUAGAAGGAAGUGACACCUCCUCACCUCACCUGCCCUGGAAUUUGACAGUAAUAAAGUUAAACCCAUUGGAAAACCCUUGUUCUUGCCCCUCUUGUGGGUCUUUAGAGUGAGAAAGAAUUAAAAGGCCCGGUUUGUAAAGAGUGUUUGUUCCUAACUUGAUUCCAUAAAAGGUUCUGCCAAUCACUUCAGAAAUAAGGUGGUCUUCAACUGAGUAUUACAACCAAGAUAUUCAAGAGAUAUCAGAGGCCAUCUAGUCCAAUCCUUUUUCAGAAGAGGACACUGAGGUCCUGGGAGGGGAAGGGCCUUGAGCAAGGUAAUAAUAGGCUUUGUUAGAGUGAUUUGAAUGCUGAACAUUGACUAGGAGUCUAGCUCUGUGACCCUGGACACACCCCUUCAGCCUCAGUUUCCUUAUCUGUAAGAUGGAGAUAAUGGCACCUACCUCACAGGGUUGUUGUGAGGAUCAGAUGAAGUAACUGUAAAGUGAAUGUUCUGCAAACUUAAAAGUGCUAUCAAUGUGCUUGUUAGCUAUAGGACUCGGACCAUUCUGGGUUGCUAGGUUGGGAGAGGAACUAAUGAGAAAUGUGGUGAUGCCAGCAGAAAAGAUGGUUUGGAGGGACGUGUGAAGUAAAAAUUUAUCUGGGUACUGAGAACCAGGGGAGCAAGACCCAGGGUCUGGAGAUGAAGAUUAAAGGGACAGAAACAGAUGCCAGGAAAGAGACUAGAAGACAAGAUCAAGCUUCCCCUGGGGGAAGUCAGAGUCUAAGGGGGUACUGACCCCAUAAACGAGACCAAACAGAUCUCUCAAAGGUCUGAAGUUUGGGCCUAUUCAAGCCAACUUUCUAUAUUAAUAGACUACACUAAUUAAAGGCAGGGUGAAUGUGGUGCAGUCAUCUUUGUUUGGGGUGAGGGGUGUGGAGGGAGUAGAUUUAAAAUAGACCUAACUUUAGGAGCAGAAACUAGUGUUCACCUUUUGGGAGCAUUCAACAGAAACCUCAAACUUUGGGCUGCCCAUAAUAAUGGCUAGUUAGCUUAAUAGGCUAGAGGUUGUUUAAAACACAAAGCCCAUUCACCAUUAAAAACACAACAGCUUAAUCUCGGCCAUGGAGAAAUGUUCCAACUCUGGAGUCUGGUAAAAUAUUACAAACUAGAAAAAAUAAUCAACCUGUGGGAGAACGAGCAGGAUGAAAAAGUAGGAAGUAGAAGUGAGAAAAUGUGCCUCUGUAGAGUCUCUAAUGGUUGCUAGAUUAAAUGCUGGUUUUUAACUAUGGAUUUGUUAAAGAAGUUAAAAUCCCCAUGCCCUGGCAAGUGGAAAAACAUCUCAGUAAGAAUACAUAAGUGAUGCAUGCUCUUGGGAGAAAAAAAUGGAAGCCUAUAAUAAACAUGUCUACAACUGUGAUCCUUUAACCUUUGAGUGAAUUUUAGUAGGAAUUUGUUUUUAAGCCAUCUUUUACAGUACCAACAAGUUGGCAGUUUUUUCCUGCUGGCCGUCUUGGCUGAAAAUGGUGUUUUAAGACUCUGGGGACAAAUUGCGAAAUCCAUCUGGAAAUCAUGGAUAAGCCAUCAAGAACUAGGAUGCUGACCAUCUACUGCCGCCUGACAAAUCCCAUCCAAGCUGUGAACUAGUUCAGACAAAUGACUACUUCAGAUUUGAUGGUCCCCUAUCUUUGUACAUGUCCUUGUGUAAUCCCUGUUCUGCUGCUACUUCUGCCCUUAGAGGAGAGGGGAGAAAAUGCCAUGUUAAACCAAGCCUGUUUUCAUAAAUAAAAAUUUUAACAACCGGA